AUGGUUUGCAAUUAUUCUUUGCGCUGCCUUGUGAUCGUGCUGGCCCUGGCUGCAUCGCCAGUUGCUGCCCAGCAAUCCGAUAGCUUGUCGCAAGAGCAGCUCAAACCGCUAACGGAGUAUCGGCAGCAGCAUCGCCGCCUGCCGGGCUUUUUUGUUUUUCUUCUUUGUGAGAAGCAGGUGGAUGGGCGGCUUUGCGCAGCAGCCUUUGUGCAGGCGCCUAACCCUCAAGGAGCCAGCGGCCGGGAAUGGUGCUACAUUGAGCCGCAGGCUGGGUUGUGCUGCUUGGCAAAUGCUUUGCUGCCUGGCUGGUGCAUGUGGCAGCUGGCAAGUGGGCUGAGCGAAGCGGCGUGGGGAUUCUGCGGUGCGCACUGCUUCUCCUUCCCCUUUCCUGCACGGGUGAACAUUAAGAAGCCCUUCGAGAAGAAGCAGCUCAUGCUGCCAAAGCAAAGGCGCAAACAGUGCGAGAAUAUGUGGCCAAGCUUGGCAAAGCACAGCGCGCCGCAGAAGAAACGCUGGAGAUGUAUCGCCGAAGAUGCGGUGCUUGAGCUAGUUGCUGCCCAGCAAGCCGAUAGCUUGUCGCAAGAGCAGCUCAAACCGCUAACGGAGUAUCGGCAGCAGCAUCGCCGCCUGGUGCAGACAACCUUUGCCGAAU